AUGGGGCACUCCGGCAACCCCACUGCCGGCAGCGGCAAGGAAGGCCCGAUGCCGUCGCAAAACCGUACGCCCGUGAAGCGCCUGCCCUCAAAGCCGGCCAACAGAAAGAAAGACGCCGGCGCCGCCGUGGCGCCCCAGGCCACGCCAGCUGUGCGGGGCGGUGGAGCAGCCAAGCCCCCCCGCUCUGGCCGCGCAGCUGAUGCGAAGCAGGAGGGCAAAGAAAAGCUCUUGCAGGAGCUGCGCACGACCAACUACCGCCCCUGGACGCAGGAGGAAGACGCGUCCCUGAGGGAACAGGUCAGCCUCCACGGCCCCCAGAACUGGAGCCACGUCGCCAAGGCCCUGAAGGGGCGCAACGGCAAGAGCUGCCGCCUCAGGUGGGUGAACCAGCUGGCGCCAGACCUGAAGCAGGAGAGCUUCACGCCAGAGGAGGACACCAUCCUGCUGGAAGCGCACAAAGUGCUCGGCAACAAAUGGACGGCCAUUGCCAAGCUGCUGCCCGGGCGCACAGACAACGCUAUCAAGAACAGAUGGCACGCCUGGCUCAAAAAGAAGUUCCCUCAGCAGGCGGCGGCGGUCGCCGCCGCGUCGGCCGCUGCGGGCGCCGCUGCGGGCGCCGCUGCGGCCGCCAAACCCUCGAACGCCGACAUACGCGGCGGCGGCAAGGCGGGCAACGGUAUCAAGAGGGCCGCAUCGGGCCGCGCGGCGGCGAGUGAGCAGCAAAAGCCGCUCGUCGCUGCCGCCGCCGCACCGCCGCCGCCGCCUGAGAAGGGUAUCCCGCAGCCGCCUGAGGUCACGGCGGCAGCGGCGGCCGCGGCGGUCGCGUCGCCCGCGCUGACGAGGCAGCUGGAGAUCGAGCGCCAGCUGUUCAGCGCGCUGCGUGUGAAGGGCCAUGCUGAGCUGGCGAGCCAGCUGGAGGCGCAAAUGGUGCGGCCGACCCAGCCGCGGCUCCCGCCGCCAGAGCGGCGCGCGCGCCUGGCGCAGCUGCUGGAGGCGAGCGGGCACCAGGCGCUGGCGUCGGGGCUGCGCCAGUUUGCCGAGGGCGCGGCGAACGGGGUGCGGCCGAGCGCAGGGUACUGGGAUGGCGGAGAGCAGGGCAGCAAGGCGGGGACCGCAUCCUUGGAAGAGGCCAGCGCGUGCAGGUCGGGCCUGUUGGACGAGCGAGACAUGGGGGCCGGCGGUAGCGCUACGGCCACAAGCGGCGACGCAACGGCCCAAAUCAAGGCGCAGCUGCCGCCCGCAGCAGUGAUGGCAGCGGCGCCGAGCUUGGCACCAAACAACAGGCAUCAGCGACAGCAGCAGCGGGUGCGGUUGGCAAUCCAGCGGCGGCAGCGGCAGCAGCAGCAGCAGCAGCAGCAACAGCAGCAGCAAGAGCCACAAGCACGACAGCAGCAGGGGCAGCUGGAGCAGCGGCAGCACAGGCAUCAGCAGCUGCGGCAGCAGGAGCAGCAGGAGCUGCACGAGCAGCAGGAGCAGCAGGAGCUGCACGAGCAGCAGGAGCAGCAGGAGCAGCAGGAGCAGCAGGAGCAGCAGGAGCAGCAGGAGCAGCAGGAGCAGCAGGAGCAGCAGGAGCAGCAGGAGCAGCAGGAGCAGCAGGAGCGGAAGCAGCAGCAGCAACAGCAGCAGCCCCUGCAGCAGCAGCAGCAGCAGCAGCAGCAGCGCAGCGCCAGCGCCAUAGGCAGCCCCCUGCAGCAGCAGCAGCAGCACCAGCACCAGCACCAGCACCAGCACCAGCACCAGCACCACCAGCAGCAGCAGCACCAGCAGCAGCAGCACCAGCAGCACCAGCACCAUCAUCCCCAGCAGCAGCACCAGCAGCACCAGCAGCACCAGCAGCACCAGCAGCAUUCCCGCAAGCGGCUCCUGCCUCCUGAUAGCGGCGCGCUGCUCGAGCUUCCGUUUGGCCAGGCGCCGCUGGACGACAACCCAGACCGGCCGGGCUCGCCAAUCCUUAAUGUCCUACCCGGCUCAGUCGUCUCGCUGCAGACGCUGGGGGUCACCAGCGGCGUCACCAGCAGCGAGGCAGCGCCCGACGGCCCAGAGCCCCUUCAGCUUCCGGCUGCGGCGCCCGCGCACGCGGCAGCUACUGCCUGGGCGACGGCAGAGGCGUUGGUGGCGGCGGCGGCGGCGGCGGGUUCGGCGGCGGGUUCGGCGGCGGGCGCUGGCGCUCGAGAGCAAGGCAGGGCGUUGAAACGGGUGCGCCUGGAACUCAACGGUGCCAUUGGCGGCACGGCUGUUGAGAGGAGAGCGCUCCCGCUGCUCGGCUUUGGCAAGGGCGGCAAGGGCGCCCAGCCAGCGCACAAGCACGCCCCUGGCGCCGCCACUCUUGCGGCGGCGCCCCGCGUAGGCGCCGCCGGAGAUGGCUGUGGCGGCGGCGGCGACGACGAGGAGCUGCCGGGUUCGUUCUUGGUUGGCAGCUUUGCGGGGUCGCUCGGGAACCUGCUGGGAAGCUUCGAGGGCUCGACGCUGUCAGCGGGGCAGCUCUUGGGCAGGCAUGACUCGUUCGAAGCGGGGGCCGCGGCGGCGCGGGGCGGGCCGUCUGGGCUGUGA